GCGUCCACGAGUUCACUGCUUCCUCUCGGCGUGCGCGUGCCCGCCGCCGGAGAAGAACGACAGAAAAUGGCGAGUCAGUGUAAAAGGCAGCAAUGCUCCAUCGACAGGCGCGGCUUUCGGCAAGAACUUGACUCAUGGCGGCACAAACUCAUCCAUUGUGUAGGUUUUGAGAGCAUUCUGGAAGGUCUGUUUGGCACAGAGCUGGUAGAAGACCUACAAUUAUUCAAGGAUUUAGAACCUGUACCAGUGUCUGAUUGGUCUUUUGAUGAAAAUUGUUUGUUCUGCUGUUUUAGAAGAGAUAAAGUUAAGGAACACUUGAUUGGCUUAAGUCGUGACGAGACUCGACAAGAUCCACUCAAACCUCUUGUGGCGAAAGAUCAGACCACCAUCAGCAAAUUAGAGAGGCAAGCAGAGGAAUUUCUCAAUGCAGUCCUCUGUAAUAAAGAUGUGCCAAGUUUCUCCGAUCCACACAUCCCAGUAGUGGCGCGAGAGAUCCUCCAGAAAAUGAUCAGACAGUUUGCCGCCGAAUAUACCUCAAAAACCAGCUCUCCUCAGGAUAGUGGCUCUGCCCCUCAGCCAAGCUAUGACCAAAGCCCACAACCCCAAGCUCUGACUUCUGGGGCUCCACCUAGCAGCCCCGCCACCACUGUAGCAGGGCCCGCACACAGCCACAACCCCGUCCUCAGCCAACUCCUUAUGGCCGACCAAGAGGCCCCUCUUGACCUCACCAUCAAAAAGACCUUGUCUGAGCCCAGUGAACAAGAGGGAGUCCUUGACCUGUCCAUCAAAAAGAGCCGCCAGAGCAGCAACAGCUUGCCGGCUCCUAGUCCACGCCUUUCACCUAAGGUUUCCAUGAUCAAAGGUGAGUGUCAAGACAUGCACAUUACAAAGGCAAAAGAAAUCCAGUCCACCUCAACACUGGAACAGUUCAUGGCCAAACUCUGCCGUCACCACCAGAGAACAAUUGUCGACGCUAUAGGUUUCCUUCAGAUGGAGGUUGCAGCCUCUAAGAUGCGACAAAGUAGUGACUCUGGAAUCCAAGAAGCAACAUGCUCCAUUCCAAAAUCUGAUACGGUCGCAUCUGAGACGUCUUCUUCGGAGCACGACUUCCCUAGUGAAUCAAGGCCAAUGUUUCAGGUCUUGGACAUGUCUUGUUCAAUCCAAAGCAAUAGGAUCACAAAAAGAUUUCUUGAGAAUGUGGUUCCGUUGACAACAUCUGCUCAUGCCACCCCCGCGUUGGAGCGUCAUAAUUCUGGGUCAGCGAGCACCAAGGCCUCUAUCCCUGUAGACACUGAGAACAACCGUCAUGGCGAUCAUGUACCUCUUAAGAUGAAAAUCAUGAAAAGCAGUAAUGUUGCUGCUGGUAAGAAGUUAUCGUGUGUGCUAACAACCUCACUUACAUCUGACAGUGACUCCAAUUUGGAGGACAAACCAAGUUCACUUAACAGAACAGACACUCACGCUAGACUCAUCUCAUCUCUAAACAGGCAAAAUCAGAUAAAUCAGGUUCAUCAUCCAAUGCAGAGGGGAGCUACGUGGCAGGGCAAGGGAGUAUCAACUAAACAGUUUUCAGUUCCUGUGGCUUUUGCCACAGAUUCACCAAGAACUGCCAGGAAGACCAUCCGGCCGGCCACUCUUCAACACACUAGACCUGCCCCUUACAAGACAGUUGAUCCUGAUCUUGGCCACUGUGACAUUGUUUACAUUGAUAAACCAAUUACAGAGUGUUAUAAAGAGCAACGCAAUUUGAUUCCCCGUCGCAAUGCUAGAAAAAGCACCAGGGGACAUUUAUAUUCAGAUGAAAUUUGGGAGUUAAAGACCGUCCGCACAUUGGCGGGCAGGGGUAACUGUCUUAAUCGGAUGCCAGAGUUGAUUACACUUGUUACCCCCAAGCAAAUUCUUUCCAAGCCCGAAGGGGUACCCCCAGUGGAUAUGCCUUUUGCUGGCACGUGUAGAGAGACGAUAAAUGAGGGGAUGCCUUCAGAAAAGUCAGAUGAGAGUAUAGUACCAGGAACAGGAGAUAUGGUUGAAGUGGCAGCCAAUGAAGUAGAAACAUUAGUUGUAGUAGAAACUAGUCAGACAGAUCAGGUUCAGAGCAAGUUAGAGAACCUCUUACCCAUGAUGAACUCUGUAACAGAAAACAGAAUACCAGAUCACACAACAAAUAUCAGCACGAACGAUCAGCCACUCCAGUUAGACCAGGAUGAGCUUUCUGUCAAGAAAAGGAGUGAAAGUGAGGAAAGUGUAGCACAUUCUUCAUUUGAAGUGGAAAAGGAGAAUGAGCCUGAAUCUGAAAAGAACGAGUCCGCUGGUCAAGUAAUGUCAGAAAGAGCUGAAGAACAAUCAGAGAAAAUCGGCCCGCCGAAAGCUGAAUCUCAGAUUUCAUCACAUAAAAUACAGAGCAGUGAGGCGGACACCCUCAAUACAAGGACACAAUCAUCCAUAAAUCAUGCCGAGAACCAAAAGACUGAAAAGGAUAUGGGAGAGGAGAGACCUCAGGAACCACAGCAAGGGAUACACUCUGAAGAGACGGGAAAGUCCAACAACUCUGGUUCAUCUGAUGACCAAAUAUUGAGUGAGCUAGAAAGGCCAACAGCUGUCGUUGAAAAUUUUGUGCCUUUGACAACAUUAGAAGAACAGGAUGAUACAUACGAUAUUUCUUUGAAGACACUUGAUACUCUCUUAAAGGAAUUACCUCCGUGGCGAAGAAAAAAAGGCAGUAUUAUCUCGCUCCCAAAGAGGUUACAACAGGCAAAGACGAUAAUCGUGGGCUACGUCAAUGGGAGACCUAUAUCAGCCUCCGACAGAAGUCUGCGUCAUAGAGCAAACGCCAGUAGCACCUCUUCAUCAAAAAGGUCAGUGAAACAAAGAAAAAGAAAACAGAAACAAGUUCAGUUUGUCUCAACUGAAAUCAAGAAUUUGGUGAAAAAUACAUCUGAAACUGAGAUUCCUGCAGAACCAAUUGUGAACGCACCCAAUGGCCCACAAGUUUCAUCUUCUGACGUACCAGAAAGCUCAAAAGUUGAAGUCUCACCAAAAUCCAAACCAAUCCAGCAACACAAGGUUGGUCGACAAGAUGAACAAACUGAAAAGAAACGACAGCUAAGAUCAGCUAUCCAGAAAGCAGACGAAACCCUUGAAUUAGCACCUUCUUCAUCUGUAGUCCCAUCCAUUACACCUCUAAAACCAAGUCCUAACCCUGCUUCUCCAGAACCACCUUCUUUGUCUCUUCCUCCUUUAUCAGAGUCGUCUCAACCUGUAAUCCCUGUCCAAACGGCACCGGUGAAGUUAAGCACUGAACAAACUCAAUCAGAAAUUCCAAGUUUGUCAAUCAGACAAAAGCUCAGCUCUUCAAAUGUGGGAGGACAGGAAAGUGAAAAUGUAAAUCAGCAGUUUAGUGUAGAGUUAACUACUCCAAUGGAGGAUAAGGCUUCACCUAAGACUGAAACACCAACACAUGAAACAAGAGCAAAACGCGUUCUUAGACUGGAGCCAAUGACACAGAAAGCAAAGGUAUUAUCUUCAGAUGACAAUUCUGGAAGUUCCCUUCUUAACGGCGCUUGUGGAGUAGACAACCUCACAAGAAUGCCAUUAAGGAGUGAGAGUAGCAAGGCUGAACAGUGCCCUCAACCCACCCCUCAAUCCCUACUCGACAAGAAGCUUUCUUUGCGUUCCCAAAGGUUGUCUUCACCCACCGCCAGUGCUCUCUCUCUAUCCGGAAAGCACACUGAAGUGGCAUCACUGCCCAGAACACCUCCUGAGAAAAUAAUGAAAACUCAAAUGAAAGUCCCUUCUUUACCGACUGCAUUAUCAGCCCCCGUAAUGGGACCGAGACACCAGCUGCGCAAACAGACCAACAAGUUCUUAGAAUCACUGACGAGAGAAGAAAAUCAACAGCUGCUUACUAACUUGAACCUCAAAUAUGAUAAGAUGCAGAAAGGCUGGCUGCAAAUGGACAGAGAUGGCCAGACAGCAACUAAAUAUAAAAACAAAGCAGACAGACAAGCCGCUAUAUGGAAAAGUAAACGUAGGGCCCGCAAGCAAAAGUCUUUGGAGCACCAGAAGUGCUCACCAGUGCAAAUGCUCUUCAUGAAGGACUUCAAUCUUUCAAGUAUUUGUCGCUGGUUCCUGGAGUCAACCGAAACAAAGUCUCUCAUCAUUGUUAAGAAAGUAAACACGCGUCUUCCAUCUGAAACUCAGCUGUGCUUUCACAGCUCGUCCAGUGGAUCAGGAGCCUCUCAGGGUGUUUUUCCGAGCUUACAAGCAGAGCGCUUAAAGAAACAUCUCAAAAAGUUUGCCAUCACAUCUCCCGUGAAGAGCAACCCCAAAAGUCAGAAGCUGAUAGCUAAAACUCUGGAACAGGAGAUGACCUCAGUCAAGGGCAAAGAGAGGCGAGAAGCUCCGAGUGCUGCUCACAUGUUCAAUCGGUCGGAUGUCAGUGUUGACGCUCGGGGACACUGUGAGCCCCAGAAAGCUCCUGGCAAGCCUAAGAAUCCGGCGAGUGCCAGAAUUUUGAGGAAAUACUCCAACAUCAGAGAGAAGAUGCAGGUUCAGCAAACCAAUGUUCGACUCAAAAGUGUCUCCAAAAGCUUAAAGGCUAACAGUUUGAAAAGACUUCCCACAGAAUCUGUUGUUCAGUCAACUGUCAAGCCUCCUGUGAGGGCGGCCAAAAUACCCCGACUUGUUGCUAAGGCCACCAAAGUGUCCAAGUUGGGAGGAAGGAAAACAUUUGUGAGAAAAAGGGUGAUGAAACAUCGAGCUAGCAAAGCUCAGAACGUCAGUCGGGUAACGAGGUGUUCGCAGCGACUGAGUUCUGCGGUCGGCUUGUCAAAAAGCAAAGCGGACAAAAAACCAUCGGAUGUUGAAAGGGAUGUGCAAAAAGUCGGCUUGAGCAAACUGAUUGCUGGGAAAUGUCAAACGAACGACUCACCACAUCGACGAGACAUCAAAGACGCCCCCGAGGCCACCGUACAAAGUGCGGACGUGAAGCCUCUGAGCGUUCCUGAUCAGGUGUUGACAAGGUCCCAGAGCAAAAUAGAAGCGGUUGCGAAGAGGCCCAAGAUUGGCAAGGAAAAAGCAGCUCGCAGGCCCGGCAGGAAGGCUGCGGACAAGAGAAGGAAAGGCGCCGUGAAGAGAAGUCGCUCUGCCAUGUUGUCACGAACCAGAUCUCAGGAGCUCCUGGCGACUCCCGCUAAGCGCACCAGGACGUCCAGGUGAUGGUCGAGAUCUUUGAUUUGGAACAUGUGGAAAAUAUGACCUCACCAAAGUGGGUUUGCAGAUGGCCUUUGGUAAAGCUUUGAGGGGACAAAAUGCAAAUGCAAUGGCUUGCUGGGCGGCAGCUCGGCGCUUCAGGGACUGCACACGGACCACAGCGGCUUUAACUUUUUUUUUUUUUUUUUGGAGUCUUCUGACAUGACCGAACAGGACAAAAACCUCAUCAUUUACAUUUUUUGGUCUCUGUGGCAACCAGGUGACACUAAACCUCUUUCCAUCCAUCGUCUUUACCCGUCAAAUAAAAACUUUGCAUCGCGCGUUGGGAUCGCAGCCGUAGGCCGUGUGACUGUCGUGACCAGGUGCCUUAUUUAUGAAGUUGAAGAAUGUUUCCUUUUUGUGCAUAAUCGGAAAAUCAAGUGUAUGCAAAUAAUCAUGUUAUCUUGGCUGACAGAUGUAUUUUUCUAUGCCCACUUCAUCAGCAUUAACUUUAUUGUAGUUGCAUUAAGUAUUUAGUAUUUGAUUUUGUUCUCGGACCUUGACUUAUGCCAAGAUCCAUCGUAGUCCAGAACAAACAAGCCUGCCAGGAAAUUGCCGAACCACCGGGGGUGUGUUUAUUUCAGGAAGCCCGAGGAGCAUUAAAAGCACAUUCCAGGCUGGUGAAAUCAUAUUUAACACUUUUUUAUUACAUCCAUUUUCAUCAUCCUCAACGUUGUAAUGUGAAGCUACACUAUUAAUACCAUUUUUAGCACUGUUCCUAUUUCAGUCUGGUCUCUCCCUCACAUGUAUUGUAAGUGAAGACCUUGUCACCCCCCCCCCACACACACUUUUUAUUAUUAUUGUUAUUUAAGUGCUGUGCAUCACCUCCUUAAUGUAGCCCAUCUGAAACAGUCCACCAAAUAUUCAAACUUGAACAUGUUUAUUCUCUUGCUAUUUAAAUAUUUUGGUUUUUGUAUAAUAGACAGAGAGAAGUGCUUUAUUUGUGGUAAUCUCAAGAAUGAAUGGUGCUUAUGUUAAGAUGGUUGUAUUUUUGCUGAAGAUGACAUAAAGAUGGCUGAAUUUUUUUUUUCUUCCUUUCCAUCCCAAAA